UUUCCUGCACGUGCUAUUUGGCUCUGCUCUUGCAAGGCAAACACCCAAAAAAAAAAAAAUUAUGGAAAGACACGGAGUAAGAAGAUUUUACUCUGCGUCCGAAGUCUUGGAGCUCGUCACCGCUCAAGAUGGCCAAAAUGAGGAGAGGUAUUCUUCAGACCCUGAUACUGCAGACACUGAUGAGGAAGAGGACUUCAUCGAAGGGAUCGAUAAACUUCAUGAUAUUACUGGCAAUAUCGUGGAGGAGAAAGAUGGCGAUCUGAAUGAGGAUGAUGAAGAGGACAAUAACGGUGUGGUGGCAGGUGCAAGUAGAGGAAGAAAAAGAAGUCGGGAGGGUCCAGCUAGUAAAAGGAGAGGCAAAAGGUCAGAAACUCAUGUGGACACUCAAGUCAAGUGGAAAACAGAGAAGGAGACUGAUCAUUUGCUGCACCCCCCACUCCAUUUCCGUCCAAAGAGGACACCAGGUGUUCAGCUGCCCCUUUCCAAUACUGAGAUUCCGUCACCUUCAGAGCUAUUCAAAUUAUUUUUUGACCAGGCUACCAUAAAGACAUUAUGUGAAAACACUAACAAAAAUGCAGCCAAAAAUUUAGCUGCUGGAAAAAAAUUUCGUUGGACUGAUGUCACAGCUAAUGAAAUGUAUGCAUAUAUUGGACUUACUCAAUUUGUGUAUUCACUCAUGUGA